CUUCCUUAACACAUUCCCUCCAACACACUUCUCUCUCUCUCUCUCGAAAACCCAAAUGGCAAUCAAGCUCUCUCUUCUUCUCCUCUUAGCUCUCCUCCAAUUCCCAACCCACAUUUCCACUUCCCCUGUAUCAGACCCUGAAUCAGUUGCAGAGGAAGUAGACAGGAGCAUAAGGAAUGCGACGGAUGUAAGGAGGAGCUUGGGAUUCCUUUCCUGCAAAACAGGGAACCCCAUCGACGACUGCUGGCGAUGCGACCCAAAGUGGCACAAGAACCGCAAGCGCCUCGCCGACUGCGCAAUUGGCUUCGGCAAGCAAGCCAUCGGCGGUCGUGACGGCAAGUACUACACCGUGACCGACCCGGGCGACCACCCGGUCAAACCCAAACCGGGCACCCUGCGCUACGCCGCGAUCCAGAACGAGCCGCUCUGGAUCGUGUUCGCCCGCGACAUGGUCAUCAAGCUCAAAGCCGAGCUGAUGAUGAAUUCAUUCAAGACGAUCGACGGCAGGGGCAGCUCCGUGCACAUAGCAGGAGGCCCCUGCAUCACGAUCCAGUAUGUGACGAAUGUUAUCAUCCACGGGAUCAACAUCCACGACUGUAAGAAGGGAGGCAACCUGUACGUUCGAGAUUCACCCGAACAUUUCGGGUGGAGGACCGUCUCGGAUGGGGAUGGGGUUUCGAUUUUCGGAGGGAGCCACGUCUGGGUCGAUCACUGCUCGCUGUCCAAUUGCGCGGACGGGUUGAUCGAUGCGAUUCAUGGUUCGACUGCCAUUACAAUUUCGAACAAUUACAUGACACAUCAUAAUAAGGUUAUGUUGUUAGGGCACAACGACGGGUUCACUCGGGACCGGACGAUGCAGGUCACGAUCGCGUUCAAUCAUUUCGGUGAAGGGCUGGUGCAGAGGAUGCCGAGGUGUAGGCACGGGUAUUUCCAUGUCGUGAACAAUGACUACACGCACUGGCAAAUGUAUGCCAUCGGAGGGAGUGCUGCUCCGACGAUCAAUAGCCAGGGGAACCGGUUUCUGGCUCCGGAUGACCGGUUCAACAAAGAGGUGACAAAGCGAGAGGUUGCAUCGGAGAGCGAGUGGAAGAAGUGGAACUGGAGAUCGCAGGGGGAUCUGUAUCUGAACGGCGCUUUCUUCACGAGGUCCGGUGCCGGAGCUUCUUCGAGCUACGCGAGGGCGUCAAGCUUGGCGGCUAGGCCGUCGAAUCUCGUCGCUUCGAUCACCGCCGGUGCUGGCUCGCUGAAGUGCAAGAAAGGUUCAUCCUGCUGAUUGGAAUGAAAGAAAAGAAUGUCCCUGAAACAGAGCGGCAGGGUUGAUUUGGUUAGUCAUUAGAACUACUAAUUGAUUUUGGGUUUUGGUGACAAUGAAUGAUGUUACUACGUGAAAAUCAAAAUAGUACAAAAUUGGAGGGAAGAAAAGAAAAGGAGCCUGUCCUAAUUGUACGUUGGUAAUUGGUGAGACAAGAAAGGGACAAGAGCUUUUUAUUUAUUUAUUAAAGGAAUUAUAAAUAAGCUUUAUUUUGUACACUUUUCUUAAGCUAUCAAUCCAAGUGUCUAUUAAUGGAGGCUAUCAGAAUUCAGAGCCAUCAAUACCCACUGCAAAGUUAGUGUUUGAUCGAUAUAAAUGUAGAUAGGAUAUUUUGUGGUAUGCGUGAUACACUAACUGAAAUGCGACGUGCUUUGAAUUUCACACUCAUAUUGUCAAAUUCAGUUUUCAGUGAAUUCAAUUUCGAAUUACUUGUCUCACUUGAAUCAAUAUAGUCAAAAGUCUGUUUCUAAGUAGAAGUAUUUUGAAGCUUUAAAAAACAGUUUUAAACUAUAUUAUUUAUAAAAAUUGUGAUUAUACGUGUAGAAGCGGUUUGGUAACAUAGAAGCGUAAAAGCGUAAGUUUUAAACUUUAUAGCGCGAUUUUGACUCCAUUGACUUGGAUUAUUACAUGAAUGCAUCUGUUAUGCUUCGAUGAUACUUAAACACACCAUUUAAUUUCGUGCGCCCAUCUACCAACUGACUACACACAUCUGAAACUCAUGUAGAUUGCAACAAAGUGUCAAUUAUUCACUCUUAUUACAAUCAUAUAACAACUUAAGUAGGAAUUUCGAAUUACUCACUCUUAUUACAAUCAUACCAACUUUAUAGCAGAUUAUUUGUCCGUCCAGAUAAUAACUUGCCAUUACUCUUGCUUAUUGCCCUUUAUGUCCCUUUUUAACAUGAAAAAAACAGAGUGAUCAAGUUGUGAAUUCUGAACAUAUUGAAAAACAGAGGUAAGUCGACAAAUUUUCCAAAAUGGAAAGUGUCGGUGUGGUUAAUUAACUUCCACCAACUUUUGACUACCAGAAAGAAGGAAAAAAGAAACCUUCAGGCUAACAACUUGCUUUCACUGAAAUAUGAAGAGGGCAAAAGAAAACAAACUGACCUGCUGCAUCAAUUAUUUCCCUAUCAAGCUAGGAUGAUCUAAAAUUUGGAGCUUUCCUUCAUAUAUGGGUUGCUCGAUUAGAUCUAAGUUUUGUGCAUGUGCCAAUCAGAUUCCACAACCAUAUGUGUACUUGAAGUAAUAAUAGGUACUGGUAUGUGUAUUAGUAUUGAUUAUCAAUUAAUUAAAAGUACAAGAUUUGGCACUGUUCAUUACAAAAAUUCCGUCAAUUACUUAAUUAUCAAUUAAUUAAAAGCACAAGAUUUGACACUGUUCAUUACAAAAAUUCUGCCAAUUACUUAAUGGUUACGGUUGAUUGGGGGAUUAUUUUCACGUGGCCGCUUUUAUAGUGAGAUUUAUGUUCCCAUGUUCUUCUGUGGUUGGCUAACCAAUCACCUAUUUUGGUUUGUCUUUCUCCUUGCAUAUAACAUUUACAUAGAUCAGAUAGUUAUUUACUUUUAAUUACUUGAUUCUUUCUUUCUAUUAGCAUGUGCCUAAUGGGCCGUUUACUUGCCAUUCCAUUUUUGUUAGCUGCCACAAUAGAAAACAAAAUUAAAAUGAAAACGAAACUAUCAUUUCCUGGAAAACAAAACCUGAAGAAACCUUGUUUAGCUGAGAAUUUUGGUGAGUUCUAAAAUGAUUUCUUAAAAUGAAAACCUGUUUAAUUGUUUCAUAGAUAACUUAUUACUACAAUUUUGUUUAUUGAGUAUCAUACAACCCUAAUCAUGAUACAAUAAACAAAAUUCAUCUGCCACUUUCCACCCCACACAUUUACAACUCGUUGAAAUAAAUCAGGAGAACAAUAGAAAUUAGAAGAAAGAAGGGAGUUCAUGAAAGGAAUGAGAAAGAGAAGUAAGAUCAAAUAACAAACAAGUAGUCAUAUGGGUUGUUGUAAAUUCCAUGGUGAGAGGCGGAUGAUUUCUAACAGAUGCAACAACGGCAGAAUCUCAAUUCUCAAUGACCCAUCGACAACACAGUCAAAAUCAACACACACAUAAAACAUGAUUUUGAUUAAAACGAGGGUUGGGUAACAAUUGCUCACAAACAGUUCACCCUGUAAAGUGCUCGACUCGCCGGCUGGAACUUAUUUGGGUGGAACUCUAUUCGGCGGCUAGGCCUUCGACAGGUGGAGCUCGACUCGCCGGGUGGAACGAUUCAUCAAUGCUGCUUGAUUUUCGCCGGACGGAGGGGGAGAGUGAGGCUGGACCGCUUCAUCGCUACUACUUGAUGUACGCCGGCUGGAGGAGAGAGAGAGAGAGGCUGGACGAGGGAACGAUUCGUUGUUGCUGCUUGUCUUCGCCGGCUGCUAGUGGUCUGGGGGUAGAGGGAAAUGAAGAUGAGAGACGGGGGCUGCUGAAGGGAUAGGGAGACAAUGGCGGUUGCUCGUGGACUGAGAGAGAGAGAGAGAGAGGGAGAUGAUUAAAUUCGUAGUCUAGGGUUGCAAUGGUAAGGAGCGGAGCAAAACCAAAAAAAAUGCAACAGGGGGGGUUUCGAACGAAUCAUUAAUGAAUAGUAACGAUUUUC